AUGACGGACAUCCAACUAGCCACUGACGGAGAUGAUGACUACAGCUUCCCCCCCGUGGAAAGGAACGCUCGUAGAGUGUCCAUGAGUGAUGAUAGUGUGACGACGCAAGUAGUAGAAGUGAGCAACAAGAAGAGGAGCAAGAAGAAUUCCACCAAAAACCUUCGCAGUUGGGAAGAAAUGUUCUCCGCAUUGCAAGAGUACAAGGAUCACCAUGGCCACUGCAAUGUUCCGUACUACGACAAGGUGGACCGUCAUCUGGGAGAAUGGGUGAACAAGCAACGCAAGAGUCGUGACAGCCUGCCCAAGAACCUUCGUGAUGCGCUUGAUAGCAUUGGCUUUGACUGGCAGUCGACGCAAGACAGAAUCUGGAAUGAGAAACUAGCUCGUCUUCAAGACUUUUACGACAAACACGGACAUUCCUCUGUGCCCUAUCACUACGAUGAUGGUCAUGGGACAGAUCUUGCCAAUUGGGCAUCCAAACAGCGGCAGAUUCAAGUGCAGGGGCGGCUUUCCAAGGAACGUCAUGCCAAACUCUCCGCACUCAAGUUCACGUGGAGAAUGAAAACUCACACGAUCCGCAUAUCUCCCAAGGAGGAAUCCAAGUGGAAGGACAAAUACCAACGGCUUGUCGCCUACAAGAACAAAUUUGGCACUUGUGCUGUUCCCUUUCAGUAUGAACACGACAAAUCCUUGGGCCGCUGGGUCAACGAGAUGAGGACCCAGAACAAACGUGGCGUGUUGCGUCCUGAUCGAAAAGCAUUGCUAGAAGAUAUUGACUUUAUUUGGAGAAUCAAGUCAUUGCCUGGGGAAUGUCCCACCAAGAAAUCCUCCAAGCGAAAGUCAUCAAAAGUACUGCCAUCCCAGAAAGAGAUUGCUCCUACCGAUACAAUCAAUCCUCCCACCAAGCGUGCCAAAAAGAGUCCAUCUACUAGUACUGCCAAUACUAUGACGACUGUAGCACCGGUUAUUGUAUCGGACAGCGACAAUCACAGCAUUGCCAGCCGUGAGGAUACUACGACACCCCUGCAGUACAAUCCUGGUGAGCUUGACUUUGAUCUCAUGUACCGCCGCUUACAAAUCUUUCAACACCAAUACGGCAAGCACGUGGACAUUCCACCGGACUACAGCUCUCUGUCCUUGGGACCGUGGUUGGCGGCCAUGAAGCAGCAAGCACGUGCUGGACAAUUGCCCGAGGACAAGGCUCGCAAACUCCAGGAUGCAGGGAUUGUUUUGGUCGAAGGAGAGAAUCAAAUCUGGGAGGAACGAUUUGGGGAUCUUUGCGACUAUGUGAGCCGUCAUGGACAUGCACAAGUCUCCCAGAAGGAAUACCCCGAGUUGGCAGCUUGGGUGUCUGCGCAACGUCGCCGGUUUUUGCAGAAACGACUCUCGGAGCCUCGCCGGAUUCAAUUGCAGAAUAUUGGAUUUGAACUACAUGUAUCUGCGUCUGGGUUGACAGGUAUUGAAGAGAAAUCAAUGAUGGAUGGUAGUGGGGGCGGUGCAGACGCAAUGCCAACCGCUGGAAAGAAGGAUGCAAUGGACAGUUGCAGCAACCUGGAAGUUGAUGUGUUUGCAGCCGCCGUGUCCUGGACGGCUUGA